AUUUUUUCCUUUUAGAAAUAAAUUCUAAAAUAAAAUUGUAUGUUCCAGAUAGAAAUUAUAACAUGUAUUAUCAUAUUAGUUUAAACUUCAAAAUUAUAAGUAAUGAUUAAGAUAAAUAAUAAUAAUUUAAGAUUAUUUUAUAAGUAUUGGUUUCAACUUCUUUUAAAGUAUUGGGGUUUAUGUAGAAAUAUACAAAGUUACGGGCCUAUUUCGAAGCAUCUUUAUCUUUAAUAAGUUCGGAGAGUUCUAAAGAGAGAAAAAAAAACUGUUAGACGAAGCAUCGAGAGAUAUAGCAAUGAUCCUACUUUCGGUUAGUUCCUCUUCAUCAUCUCCCAUCGCCGCCGUCUUCUCCGUCGCGCUUCUUCUGUUCUACUUCUCUGAAGCUACUCUAGGAGCUCCUUGUCCGAUCAAUGGGUUGCCAAUAGUGAGGAAUAUAAGUGAACUUCCUCAGGAUAACUAUGGAAGAUCAGGCCUUUCCCACAUGACUGUUGCUGGCUCAGUGUUGCACGGAAUGAAAGAGGUUGAGAUAUGGCUUCAGACGUUUGCUCCAGGCUCAGGGACGCCGAUUCACAGGCACUCUUGUGAAGAGGUUUUCGUUGUCCUUAAAGGCAAUGGUACUCUGUAUCUCGCUGAAACACAUGGAAGUUUCCCUGGGAAACCUAUUGAGUUUCCAGUCUUUGCCAACAGUACUAUUCAUAUUCCCAUCAAUGAUGCUCAUCAGGUCAAGAACACUGGUCAUGAGGACCUGCAGGUGUUGGUUAUUAUAUCUCGGCCGCCCAUUAAAGUCUUCACCUACGAUGACUGGUUUAUGCCACACACUGCUGCGAGGUUAAAGUUCCCUUACUACUGGGAUGAGCAAUGCCUCCAAGAAUCGCAAAAAGACGAGCUUUAAUAAAGUAAAUGAAUGUUCACUCUUUGAAACUCUCAGUCUUAUUGUUUUUGAAAAAUAUGUAACUGAGCAACAUCUUACCUACACCAUUAGUCUGUACUUCGUAGUCUUUUCAUAAACAAGUUAAUGCGAUCUAUAGUUUUAUUUGUCAACACA